AUGGGGGACCGCAUCACGCUGAGCAGCGCGGAGACCGCCCUGGUCGAGCAGAUAUUUGCGAAGAACGACCCGCAGAGUUUUGGCGUCAUCACUGGCGACGUCGCCGUCAACGUCUUUGGCGGCUCGAAGCUGCCCUCGACCGUGCUGGGCGAGAUCUGGGCGCUGGCCGACAACGACAACAAGGGUUUCCUCGAUAAGCAGGGCGUCGCUGUGGCUAUCAGGCUUAUUGGUCACGCCCAGGCUGGCCGUGCAGUCUCAGAGGCACUUCUCAAGCAGCCCGGCCCACCCGCGGCUAUCGAAGGAUAUGCGGCGCCGCCGGCAGCUGCGCGCUCGCCGCCUCCCAAGCCGCCGGCACGCGCGCCCGGCCUGCCUCAGCUCACUCCUCAGGACAAGGCCAAGUUCGCUCGCCUCUUCCAGGGCUGUGGACCUCAGAGUGGCUUGCUGUCUGGCGACAAGGCUCGCGACGUAUUCGUCAAGUCGAAGUUGCCGGUGGACAAGCUCAGCGCGAUCUGGAAUCUGUCCGAUACCAAGGGCCGAGGUGCACUCGACCAGACAGACUUUACGAUCGCGAUGUACAUGAUCCAAGCUCUCAUGUCUGGCUCUCUCUCCUUCGUGCCUACAACUCUCCCCCCUGGUCUGUACGAACAGGCGUCGCCCGAGGGUGUUGUUUCACACUCUACCGGCGGCAGCUUCACCCGUCCUUCCACUCUCGCACCGCAGCACACCGGACCCAUUGCGACACACAGCACCGGCGUAGGUGCGCGUCCACCUCCGCCUGCUGUUCCGCCCCGCGCGCAAAGCCAAUUUAUACCCGCCUUCCCCGGAGUGCCGCAACAGCAAGCGGACACACGACCGUGGGAUGUUACUCCGCAAGAGAAGGCGAACGCGGACAAGUUCUUUGAUACGCUUGACACUGCGAAAAGGGGGUACAUCGACGGUGACACGGCCGUACCUUUCCUUCUGCAAUCGAAGCUGUCAGGCGACCAGCUCGCACAAGUUUGGGAUCUCGCCGAUUUGAACAAUGAUGGACGUCUUACUCGUGAGGGCUUUGCCGUCGCGAUGCACCUCAUUCAGAGCAAGCUCGCUGGAAAUGACCUUCCCGCUACGUUGCCUGCGACACUCGUCCCGCCUUCCAUGCGCGCCGCACACAGCUCGCAGCCGCAGCAACAACAGCCACUUGCACCCGUACACGAACUGUCCGACCUCCUGUUCGGCGAUGAUGAACCUCCCGCCUCAAAGUCCAUCGUCCCGCAGUCGACAGGCACUCCGCUGCAACCGCAGGGCACGGGUAGCUACACCGGAGGCGUGCUUCAGCCGCAGAAUACGGGUCAGUUCCGUGGACCGCUUCAGCCGCAGAGCACUGGCGCGCGCUCGCCUCCGCCGCAACAGACGAGCACCCCACUCGCUCAUCAGACCACUGGCGGUGCUUUUGGUACCCCGCAGCAGCCUCAGGGAUAUGGCUCUCCCGCGCCCAUCAGUCAACAGGGAACUGGAGUGUUCAGCUCGAGCUUCUCUCCGAGCCCAUUCGUCAUCCAGCAACCCCCGCAACAGCAGCAGGAUCCUUUCGGGGGCGCAGGUGCAGGUCAAGAACGGGAUCUGCUUGACGACGACGAGCCGCAAGCCGCAGCGUCUGCCCCCGCACCUCACGAGGACAAGAGCGCCGAGAUUGGAAACGCGCAGAACCAGCUGAACAGCACGAAUCGUUCACUGGAGAUCACUAAGUCGGAGCGCGGAGAUGUCGAGUCGAGGCUUGCGGAACAGGCGGCUCAGCUCUCUGCUCUGCAAUCGCAGCUCGCCGCGGCAAAGGCCUCGUACGAGACUGAGACGAAGGUCCUGGCUGCGCUGCGCGAGCGUUUCAGCAAUCAGACGGCUGAGAUUGCGGAGGUCCGUCGUGCGCUGAUUACCGCGGAGAGCGAGCUCAGCGCCGCACGCGUGGAGAAAGCCGAGGUCGAGCAGGGCGUAUUGCGCGACAAGGAAGAAGUGCGAGAGCUACAGCGCAAGAUGGCGGAGACGGGUGCGGCGGUGGAGGCUACGAAGGCCGAGACGGAGAAGUUCAAGAAGGAGGCCAAGCAGCAACGCGGAUUGCUUGCGAUCGCGAAGAAGCAGUUGGCAACACGCGAGGCGGAGCGCGCUCGUGCUGCUGAAGAACUUGCGGCAGCACAGGUCGACGCGAAGGAUGCGGCUCGCGAACGCACCGAAGCUGAGACAGAGCUCGCAACCGAACCCGUGGCGCCGGUUCCUGUCGUCGCGAACGGGCACUCCCAUCCCGCACCACCCGAGCGCGCGGACAGCGCCGCCUUUGCGGCAGCGAUGCCUCUUCCCGGAACACCCAGCAGCAUUGGCAGUCCCGCAAGCACGAUCAGCCGGAACCCCUUCGACCGUCUCACUGCGCAACCCACUGGUGGCAGUCUUGCCCCGCAACACACUGGUACUGGAAGUCCGCCGCGCACCGAGUCGCCGUUCUUGCCGUUCACGACUGGGUCGCUCCCGACAUCGCCACCUGCUGCUGCUCCCGCCGCGACGAGUGCAGACCCCUUCGGUUUUGAGCAGGCAUUCAACCCGGCGCAGCCGAUCGAAACGAAUCUCGCUCAGCCUGCUACGACUACUAUGGAACCGCCCUCUGAAACUGUCGCGAUGCCUGGUGCUCUCUCGCCGCCGUCCGUUAGCAAGGAUCUUGCCGAACCUGUCCAAGAGCCCGAGACUACGGAUAAGCCAACGACGGAUGCGCCCGCUAGACAAGACGUCACUGCACCCCCGCCUCAGGCUGAUGUGCUCACUUCGCCCACAAGCGAGGGCGGGGACCUGUUCAGCACACCGCCUACCAAGCCUACGGACGGGUCGCGCUUAAGCACAUUCGACGACGCUUUUGGCGGACUUCCUCCGUCGGAUGGACCUGUACCUCACUUCCCUCCCAUCGACUCAAACGGCGAUAUCGCGCGCGAGCCGCCGAAGCCCCACGCUAACACGGACGAGCCGCUCGAUACUACCACGAGCACCGACCUGGGCGCAAAUCUCAAGGAGCUAGAUGUGGAUGAGAGCGAUAGCAGCGACGAUGAGGAUAACAGGCCUCUCAGCACGAUCCUGGCUGCCAAGAAGCCCGAAGCUGCUGCUACGAACACGAAUGGGCCAGCACCGCAGAUCUCGUUCGAUGACGCGUUUGGACAGCCGUUCAGUCCUCCCGCUCCCGCCGCUGGUUCGCCGUUCGAUCAGCCACCCGUUGCAGCUUCGCCGUUCGAAUCCGCGGCUGCGACGUCGAGCUUCGAGGCGGCGCCUACACAGGACACGAGCACUGCUGCGUUCGAUGACGCCUUCGGUGCCACUGCGCCUCCCAAGAGCCCCGACGCCGGCAAGAAUGCGUUUGACGAGGCGCUCGGGAAGCUUCCCUCUUCCGAGUCUGCUCAACCGAGCUUCGGGUUCGACAACGGUUUCGAAGACAGCUUCGAUUUCGGAUCGGCGGCGACGGCGACGGCGCCUGUUGAAACUGCCGCACCCGCACCGGCGAGCACAGACGCGGGGGCGGGAUCGGGUUUCUUCCCGCCUCCGCCCAACGGACACGCGCGUCAUUCGAUGCUUCCCCCGCAGGCUGAUCACUCGCAUGCGGCGCCUACCAACAACGGCAGCACGUUCGACAGCGUGUUCGCUCCGGCGUCGGAAGCACCGAAACCAAACCCCUUCGCGCCCGCGCCUUCGGCUUGGACGCCUAUGGCUGCGGCUGCACCUGUCGAGGAGCAUGCACCGGCCGCAAAGCCGGAGAUUUCACAGAGCGACAGCCAGCGUCUGGGUAUCUCAUUCGACGAUGCGUUCGGAGGACAGACCGCGAGUCAGGCAUUGAACCUCGAUCAGUUCGGAUCGACGAGCUCGCGCUCGACCGCUGCGACGAAUGCGACUGCCACGUCUACUGCCACGGCUCCGCAGGAGUUCCCGAGGGCAACCAGCCCGCGGCGGAGCGAUACGCGGGAUAGCGUCAGUAUUGCAAGUCCGCCAAGGGCGGGAACCGCCAGUCCUCCGCCUCGCGUGAGCAGCCCGAGCGGGCGCCCUCGGCCGAGUACGGCGAGCAGCAAAGAGGAUGGGCUGAAGCCUGACAAGGGGAAGGAGCCGAGGCACUCGAAAUUGAGCCAGAUCCGACUGCCGUUCGGACGCAAGAAGAAUAAGGGCAAGGCGGGUGAAGGGGAGGCGCCGCCGGCUGUUCCGGCUCAGAGCGGUAGCAGCCUGACACCGGUGUUGGAUGAGGGCGCGGUGCCGAUCGUUCCGCCUACGGAGGCGGUCGAGGACGACGUCGAGGGCGUGAAGCAGCUCUGCGGUAUGGGCUUCAGCCGGACGCAAGCUGUCACCGCGCUCGAGACGAACGGAUACGAUUUCCAGAAGGCGCUGAACAGUUUGCUCGGCGGUUGA